UCGUCUGGGGCGGUGGCCGGGGGUCGCCCUGCCCCCUGCCCGUGUCUCCGAGCACCCCCAUCCCUCCCCUGCCGGGCGAGGCCCGCCCCGGGGCCCGGCGCCCGCCAUGAACGGCCUGUCGGUGACUGAGCUCUGCUGCCUCUUCUGCUGCCCGCCCUGCCCCGGCCGCAUCGCCGCCAAGCUCGCCUUCCUGCCUCCAGAGCCCACCUACUCGCUGGUGCCUGAGCCCGAGCCCGGGCCCGGUGGGGCCGGGGCCGCCCCCUCGGGGACCCUGCGGGCCUCGGCCGGCACCCCCGGGCGCUGGAAGCUCCACCUGAUGGAUCGCGCCGACUUCCAGUACAGCCAGCGCGAGCUGGACACCAUCGAGGUCUUCCUGACUAAGAGCAGCCGGGGCAACCGCAUCUCCUGCAUGUAUGUGCGCUGCGUGCCCGGCGCCAGGUACACGGUUCUCUUCUCGCACGGCAACGCGGUGGACCUGGGCCAGAUGAGCAGCUUCUACAUCGGGCUGGGCACGCGCCUCAACUGCAACAUCUUCUCCUACGACUACUCGGGCUACGGCGUGAGCUCGGGCAAGCCCUCCGAGAAGAACCUCUACGCCGACAUCGAUGCCGCCUGGCAGGCCCUGCGCACCAGGUACGGCAUCAGCCCAGACAGCAUCGUCCUGUACGGGCAGAGCAUCGGCACGGUGCCCACCGUGGACCUGGCCUCGCGCUACGAGUGCGCCGCGGUGGUGCUGCACUCCCCGCUCACCUCGGGCAUGCGCGUCGCCUUUCCCGACACCAAGAAGACCUACUGCUUUGACGCGUUCCCCAACAUCGAGAAGGUGUCCAAGAUCACGUCGCCGGUGCUCAUCAUCCACGGCACGGAGGACGAGGUGAUCGACUUCUCGCACGGGCUGGCGCUCUACGAGCGCUGUCCCAAGGCCGUGGAGCCUCUGUGGGUGGAGGGUGCCGGGCACAACGACAUCGAGCUCUACAGCCAGUACCUGGAGCGCCUGCGCCGCUUCAUCUCCCAGGAGCUGCCCAGCCAGCGCGCCUAGCCUAGCGGCAGGCCUGAGCCGCACCGGGACAUCAGCAAUAAGGCGGCGCCCGGACCCCGCCCCGGCCCCGGGGGCUGCAUGUGAACUCCCGGGCGCCCCACGUCCUCGAAGCAGCCGGCCGGUAGGUGUCGGGACCUGACCCGGCCCCUGGGCCGUGGACAAUGUACAGGCGACGGAGCUAUGCUCUCCUUUCCUUUUGGAAGCAAAACGAAGGAAAAACGUGAGAACAGAAAUUAAAGAUUUAAAAUUUUAA